AUGUUUCCAGUUGUUGCCCUCUCGUUCCUCGCCGUUUUCCUUCUCUACCAAUUAACCCGACGAAAUCCUCGUGUUACCAUCGCGCGCCUACGCGGUCCGAAGUCGCCAUCUUUCCUUUACGGCUAUAUCCCUACUCUCGUUCAGGAUCAGGCUGGUGCUAAAGACUUCCAACUCCAGGGAACUUAUGGCGACGUAAUUAGAAUCAGGGCGCCUCUAGGUGAAAAUCGCCUCCUUCUGAUGGAUCCCAAAGCGCUUCAGCACAUCUUUUAUAAUUCUGGGUAUCGCUACUCCAAACCUACCGGGAUACGAGUAAUCCUGGGAACGGUCCUGGGGCCGGGCCUGUUCCACGCCGAAGGAGAAGACCACAAGCGUCAACGGAGGAUUGUUCUACCAGGAUUCGGCAGCCGUGAGUUAAGGACAUUUGUUCCCAUCUUUUGCUCUUACGCCGGUCGGAUGACUGCGUACUGGCGAAGUAUUAUAGCUGCCGACAAUUCAGAAUCCGCGAUUAUAGAAGUAACGUCCUGGAUUACUCGUGUGUUGUUGGACGCCACUGGAGAAGCUGCCUUCGAUUACCAAUUUGGAUCUUUGGAUAAUUCAGAGACUGAGCUCGCGAAGGCGUAUGCUCAUAUGGCACUUAAUGUUUUUGGCGUACCAUCUAAACUGGCGCUCCUAGUGUUGUGUGCUAUGGACUCCUGGCUUCCGGAAUCUGUUAGUCAGUCCUUGACGAACAUCCCCGUUCCCCGGUUGAACGUGGCGAGGAAUGUGAAUAGUAUAUCAACGAAGGUGGCGAAAGGCCUCAUCGAUGAUAAGCAGGCUUUGUUGCUGGAGGGGAAAGGUAACAAGGACAUCAUGAGUUCAGUAAAAGCAAAUGCAUCAGAGGAUUAUAAGAAAAGGCUACCAGAAAACGAGUUAUGGGCUCAAAUGAAUACCAUCAUUGUCGCCGGUCAUGAAACGACAACUAACGCGUUAGCAUGGGCUCUAUUGGAAUUGGCGCGACACCCUAAAAUCCAAACAAAGCUUCGCGCCGAGAUACGCGCCUACCUCUGCAACCGAACGAUCUCCGAAUUGACGGCAGAGGACUUCGAUUCUUUGCCUUACUUGACCGCGGUCGUCAAGGAGAGUCUUCGGUUCCAUCCAACGCUACAUCACGCCUAUAGAUAUGCUUGCGAAGAUGACGUACUACCUUUAAGCCAACCUAUCAUAGAUGCGGACGGAAAGGUGCUCACUGAGAUACCGAUACCCAGAGGCACGUAUAUAUUCUGUUCCAUUGCGGCCUACAACCGCAACAAAGAGAUUUUUGGAGCGGACGCGGAUCUGUAUAAUCCUGAACGAUGGCUAAAUGGCACCGUGAAGCCCAGCAAUGACGCAUCAAUUGGUGUCUACGCCAACCUAUUUACCUUCAUCGGUGGUAAAAGAUCGUGCACGGGCUGGCGAUUCGCGCUGUUGGAGAUGCACGCUUUUAUUAUUGAACUUGUGAACAGCUUUGAGUUCGAGCUCACCGCUGAUGCUCACAGAAUACGCAGAGAGCCAUGUGCUGUGGUUACACCAACGGUCGAGGGGGAGGUGGAUAAGGGGCCGCAACUGAAGUUGAAGAUUACGAUGGCAUCAAAGUAA